GCGCUUUGAAGUCCUCGCACAGAUAAAAGCGUCUCGGAUGAGGAAUGUGAGCAGAUUUUCAUAUAUACGUUCAUAUUUACAGCCGAAUAUUCGCGAACGUUUCUAUGUCGGAUGCAACAGGCGACACAGAUUUACAGCGCAACCACAGGAUGGAGUUAUUUAUCCGGGAAUGACUCUUAUUUUUAAUGUCAAAGCCCCUAUCGUGGAAAACCAAAGCGAUGGCUCAUUGGAUUCGACUUUACUGGAGAAUCUGUUUGCUGGUUCAUCUAACUCUAGCUGAAGAUCUAAAGCCCACCAGAUGGCCUCUUUACCCCCAAAAACCUCUGGUUCUGGUCUGGAAUGCUCCAACCGAAGACUGCAGGCCUCGCCACAAAGUUCAUUUUCAGCUCGAUCAGUUUCAGAUCGUGGCUUCACCAAACCAAGGCUUCACCAAGCAGAACCUCACCAUCUUUUACAAAGACCGCCUGGGCCUGUAUCCCCAUUAUGAGGAUGGUACUGCCGUCAAUGGUGGCCUACCACAAAUCGCAAGCCUCACGCAACAUCUAGAGAAAAUGCCGGAGGGAAUUGAGAAGUACAUUCGGGAUCCAUUGGCUAAGGGUCUGGCUGUCAUCGAUUGGGAGGAAUGGCGUCCAUUGUGGAUACGAAAUUGGGAAGCUAAAGAAAUUUACAAAAGCCAGUCAAAACGUUUAGUGAGCCAAAAAAACCCGGAUUGGUCUGUUCCCCAGAUAAGCAAAACGGCCCAAAUGGAGUUUGAGUUGUCCAGUCGUAAAUUCAUGAAGGAGACCUUGCGGUUGGCUAAAAGUUUGCGCCCCCACCAAUUGUGGGGCUUCUACCUCUUCCCCGACUGCUACAACCACGACUACCGUAACAGUCUGGAGAGCUAUACGGGCCGCUGUCCGGAUGUGGAGUUGGUCAGAAACGACCUGCUGAAGUGGCUGUGGACUGAAAGCACAGCACUCUUUCCGUCAAUAUACAUGGGCUCUGUGUUGCGUUCAACAUCCUCCGGGCGCCAGUUUGUCCGAAACCGGGUGAAGGAGGGAAUGAGAUUGGCAUCGGUGGGAGAGGGACUGGCACGUCCUGUUUUUGUCUACAGCCGCCCUACGUAUGCCAAUGAGCUGGAAGUGCUGACAGAGACUGAUCUGGUGUCCACUAUUGGGGAAAGUGUGGCUCUGGGCGCAGCUGGUAUCGUUCUCUGGGGUGACGCUGCUUAUGCCAGCAGCAAUGCCAGUUGUUCCAGUAUAAACCAGUACUUGCGCGGUCCACUGGGCCAGUACCUGCUGAACGUCUCCACUGCUGCCGAACAGUGCAGUCAUUUUCUGUGCAGUUCCCAUGGACGGUGUCUGCGCAGAAAUGCAGACACGGACACAUAUCUGCAUCUUGACCCAAAGACGCACACAAUAGUCGGCCAAGGGAGUGAAAUGCGAGUGAGAGGAGAUUUGAGUGUUAAAGAGCACCGGCGGAUGACUAAAGACUUCCAGUGUCAGUGCUUCAGCGGGUAUCAGGGCGAAAGAUGUGAUCUUGAGGACCCUCUUCAGCAGCGAGGAGAUGGAAAUACGCUUAAAGCACUAUGGAUUUAUCUUCUCUCUCCAGUCCUGCUGCAUUUACUGACAUGAGCAAACUAAUUUUUGUGCUUGUGCAAUGUUUUGGUGGUCAGUGCUCUCCAAAUGCUGUGACAAGGUUUCGUCAAGUCAUGUGGGUGAGCUUGAAAUUGCAAUUUAUAAUUGUAAACACAGGAAACUCAAAGUUCCUCUGAGUUUAAAUAAGCACUUUUGUUUGCUGUCACACAUUACUCACACAACAUUCGAGCCAGAUGCUGAAUAUUGUGCAACAGGAUAAUCACAUGAGAUUUUAUGACUAGCUCUGAUUCUUAUAGAUGACUUGUUCUUUAUCUUUGAGUCACCGUUAAGGAUUUGGAUUGUUUGGGUUUGAGCGUUAAUUUGAAACAUGUGACUGUAGAGAUGCUGGUUGUCUAACACUAAACUGUAGAAUGCAACAUUAUAUACAAGUGAGCAACAUAGGCUCAUUCUGAAAAAGUAGCCCUAUAUACAUUUCUGGAGAUCGUGAAUUACAACCCAGGCUCAUUCUGAGAACGUAGUCCCAGGGGCGUUUCUGGAGACCGCGAAAUACGUAGCCGGGGGUACGUACGGCUGCAUUUCAUUUUUUUAAGCGAACGCUGCGGGGCGGUGUGACGCCGUUCCCUUCGGCGCUUGUGGAGGGCUUUCCCGCUGCAACCAGUUUGUCCGGUUAGCUCUUCGUGUACUCUGGCGGACUCAAGGCGCAGAGAGGGGCUGACCACGACGACCGGGUUCGAGUCCGGGGAAGAGCGGUUCCAGAAAUCAGGUAAGAAAACAAAAACAAAAUCCAAAAAAUGAAGCGAACAAGUUCGUCACAGGGUGAGAAUGUGGUCAAAAUCCAAAAACGUGGUAAAAAUCAGACGAGGGCUUUUCUUUUUCUGGACGGCUUUUGUGAAUCGUAGUUGGUUGGGUUUAGGGACGGAGGAGGGUGGGUCAGCCGAUUGGCCGGUCGCACGGUCAAUCAUUCUGUCAUCCAGGCAGACAGGCGGAAGGUCGUUCGACAGCGGCCUCUAGCAGGUUUACGCGAGAACAGCGCAGGAAAAAGCGCGCACAGCGGCCUCUCGUGGACUCGCGAAAACAAAAACUGCACAAAUACGUACCUCCCGGGACGUAUUUCGCGGUCUCCAGAAACGUCCCCGGGACUACGUUCUCAGAAUGAGCCUGGGUUGGUGAAUUAUGUAGCCAGAAGUACGUAUGGCUGCAUUUCGUCUUUAGACUGAACGCUAUUGACCUUAUUCUUCAAUGCGGAAGUGCGCGCGUUUUUGCGAUUGUUUUAGAACUUCCGAUUCAGCUGCCUAUGGGAGAAAUGACUAGGAAUAAUAAACGGCAGAAAACGGUCAAACUACUCACUCCACAAACAAGUGUUGCACGACAAUACAGACAAAGUAGAAUAUUAUGAUAAGAAAAUAUCAGUUUGCAACACCAAGCAGCAAAACGAGCUGUUUUUAACGUUGCAAAAUGAAUGGAAGUGAAUGAGACCGGAAGUCUCGAGCCAAAAUGAUUCAAAUGGCUGCGCCCACUCAUACGCGGAGAAUAAGGUGAAUACAGGGUGGUAUGACACCGUUCUAUUUCGCGCUUACCAGCUUUUCAUAUGAAGGGGCAAAAACGACAUAUCAUUGAGAGCCAUGGGCCGAAGGUUAACAUACCAAAAUAUAUUACAUUAAAGGUAAUUUUCUCAGUUAUUUCAUAUUAUUUAAAAACAAUAAAUAGAAAACAUUACUUUAAAUCAUAUUAACUAAUGCAGUAUAAUUUUUUAAAAUUAUAAUAUAUUACAAUAAAAACAGACAAUCACAUUUGAUGCAUGAAUACACCAGUGAAGCAGUAUCCGCCAUUUGGAUGUCUGCAUUGUCCUCUAUCUGUCAACUGACAAUAUGUAGGCUACAUUAAAAACAAUCUGAUUUAUUUACUACAUUUAAUUGAAACGUUUCAUUUUAGUUUGCUUUGUGUAGCUUAUCAAUGAAACAAACAAACAAAAGAUAACAUUAAAUUUACAUGAAAAAAAUUACAUUAAAAGCUUUAAAUAGAAAUAUUAUGUAAAUGCUUUUGGUCAUUUUUGUGCGAUAUGCUAAUGGUCUAAUCCAGGCAUGGGCAAACUCGAUCCUCGAGGGCCGGUGUCCCUGCAGAGUUUUGCUCCAACACUAAUCAAACACACCUGAACACCCUAAUUAGUGUCUUUAAGAUCACUAGAAAGCUACAAGCAGGUGUGUUUGAUUAGGGUUGGAGCAAAACUAUGCAGGGACACCGGCCCUCCAGGAUCGAGUUUGCCCAUCCCUGGUCUAAUCCGAUUCAAUGAUCUAUGCUAAAGGUGAUCACACCAGACUUGGAGAUCAGCUGAAUGGAUUCAGCAAUGCUAGGGUCAGAGCUGAAUCGGACCAAUGAGCCGACUAUCGCCUUGGUGUGUCCCAGCCCAAAGGGAGUUGUAAAACGAGCCAAAAAAAAAGUGGAGUGUUGCUUUAAAAUGAGACUACUAGUGCUGGAAAUGAUGCAAUGAUGUGUUUGAUUUUGACUUGUGUGUCAUUUCCUGAUCACAACCCCCGCUUCCUGUCCUUUCCUGUCCUGUGAAGGCAAAAUAAAUAAUGAAGAGGAUACUACUAAAGACCUGACAGUGAUGCAUAUCCUGCUAUUUAAAAUAAUUAGCGACUUUGAAUUAUAUCCUCUUUUUUACAUGUACUAAUUGUUUAUUUAACUGUUGUCAGAUCAGCAUCUAUGCAUAUUUGUUGCUCUUGUUCAUAUGAUAGUUAUGAUUGUGAAGCUUAUGUGUCAGCUCAGCUCUCAUAUUCAUACACUGUAAACCCCGCUGUUGUCAUUACUGAAGGUAUUAAGUUAAUAUAACCACAUUACUUAAAAUACCAA